AUGUCGCGGCGGGCUCUGCGGCGGCUGCGGGGCGAGCAGCGGGGCCAGGAGGAGCCGGGCCUGGGCCAGCUGGGCCUGGUCCCCGGCCCUGCCCGCUGCCAGGAGCCGCCGGGCGUCGCCGCUGCCGCCGGUGGGCGCAGGGAGCCGGCGCGGCCCGGCGUCAGCAACCGCUUCGAGCUGAUUACCAAUGAAGAAUCAGAGGAUGACCCAUCAUUCAAAGAGGAGCGAGUAGAUGCCAGACUCAGAGAGCAAGAUGUAGCAGAAAGGAACAGUGGAGUGCCUAUAACUGAAGAGACAGAAGGUGAUGGACAGAGGGACGGAGAAGAUGCAGAUCAGCAGGACCAAAUGCCUAUGUCAAGUAACAAGCCACGAAAGAAAAAAAAGAAAAGGAAAACUAAGAAAGCUUCAGCAGGCGAGAAUCUGGAAGACAAUGACCUGGAAGACAUCGACAGCCUUCUGGAGAAGAUUGAGGAUACCAAUGGGCUAUCGCAACAAACACAAAGCGGAGUAAUUGCUGACAGCAGACCUCUGCUCUAUGUAGAGCACAGAAACUUGAACCCAGAAAAUGAGUUGAAGAGAUACUUCGGGGCUCGGGCUGUUCUUGGUGAUCAGAGGCCAAGGCAAAGGCAGCGCCAGUAUGUCCGCAGCACGUGGCUGACAGCUCCCAAGAACACCUGGCCACGCUACAGCAAGACAGGUAUUGCCAUGCAGCUGGUGGAGACAAGGAGGGGAGUGCAGUACUUCACGUUUGAGCACCAUCGCGAGUACCAGCAAGUGCAGUUCAAGUUCCUGGAUGCUGUGGAGUCCAUGGACCCCAACAACAUUGUGCUAUUGCUUCAGAUGAACCCAUACCACGUGGACUCGCUUCUGCAGCUCAGUGACGUGUGUCGCAUGCAAGAGGAUCAGGAGAUGGCCCGUGAUCUCAUAGAGAGAGCGCUGUACAGCCUGGAGUGUGCGUUUCACCCCGUUUUCAGUCUCACCAGUGGAAGCUGCAGGCUUGACUACCGGCGACCGGAGAACAGAGCUUUCUACCUGGCUCUCUUCAAACACCUGAUGUUUCUGGAGAAGAGGGGCUGUCCUCGGACAGCCCUGGAGUUCUGCAAGCUGAUUCUGAGCCUUGAUCCGGAGAACGACCCGCUGUGUGUACUGCUGCUGAUUGAUUUUCUGUCCCUUCGAGCUAGAGAAUAUGGUUUCCUGACACGCAUGUUCCAGGAGUGGGAGAGUCACCGAAAUUUGUCCCAGCUCCCCAAUUUUGCCUUCUCAGUUCCGCUGGCCUAUUUCUUCCUGAGCCAGCAGGAGGAGCGCUCGGAGCUGGAGCUAAGCCAAGCCCGGGAGAGAGCUGCCCGGCUCAUCCAGCUUGCGCUGAUUAUGUUCCCAAGCGUUCUUAUGCCGUUGCUGGAUCAUUGCAGUGUGCAGGCAGAUGCCAGGGUCACAUCCCAUUCCUUUUUUGGGCUGAACGCUCAGAUAAGCCAGCCUCCUGCCUUGAACCAGCUGACAUCCCUCUAUGUGGGACGGACUCACUCCCUGUGGAAGGACCCCGCUGUCAUGGCCUGGCUGGAGACAAACGUCCACGAGGUGUUACGCAAGGUGGAUGCCAGGGACCCGCUGGUGGAGGAGUGUGAGCACAAGAGGAAGAUGCGAUACCAGAGUGCACCCAGGAAUAUCUACCGACAUGUGAUCCUCUCGGAGAUGAAGGAAGCCACGGCAGCUCUGCCUCUGGUGAGGGGCCUUAAGGUGGCCCAGAUGGCGUUGCUGUGUGCGAUAGAGGGACUUCAGCUUGCUGCUGUGUCCCUUUGUGCUGCCCUUGGGUUGCUAGCAGCAAGAACGCCAUGCUUGGUUCAUGGAAGUGCUGGUGCACACUGUGGUGCUGGAGGAAGAGACAAGAAAGCAAGGUCCAAAGCAUGUCCCAAACUUAGCAAUAUUGCACCAACAGUUAAAGGAAGUCCCUUGGUCUUACUCAUCAUGGCUUGUUUGCCCAAGCAGUCCAGCGUGUUUUCCAUCCUGCUUUUGGGAAAAGACAUUCUGGCACUGCAAAAAUAAAUGUCCACAUGACCUCAGAGUGCCUUCGCUGUUUGCACUGUUUCCUGGGACACCUCAGAAUAAGGCACAGAGAGGCAAGUGUAGUUGCCCAGACUGCAGCUGGUGCCUAGCUCUGUUGUGCUCCCUCAUAUUAAGGCCUGUCCAAGUGGUUGGACUGUCUCCAUGCCUUAGUGUUUGCUGCUGGCGACAGCACAACCUUCACCUCUUUCUUUCUCCCUUCUCCAGGAGGUGACAUCACAGCCUGUAAUGGGGUUUGACCCCUUACCUCCCUUGGACUCCAUCAUUUCCUACACCCGACCAGAAAG